AAUGUGCCUAUACGUUUCUAUUCUUAUGUGUGUGUGUUUUAUUUUAUGCGGCUUAUAAAUGGAAACCAAAAAAUUUCUAUAAAAUUUAACUUUUGACCUCUUGGAAAGGUACAUUAUUAAACGCCGAUCCUAUUAAUUUUAGAAAAAUGGAAUCCUUUAAACAAAAUGACGGUAAUCGUGAUGAAUUAAUCAUACAACAACAACGGGAUAUUGAAAAGGAAAUAAGUGAUUCCACCCCCUUAGUCGGUGAACUAUUACCUUUAACGUGUCUUUGGGCCGAGUAUAAUGGCGAUGACGUUUUUACUGCAAAAAUUCAAGAUUUAGCUAAAAAGUAUAAGUUUAUCAGACGCACUCGCCCUGAUGGAAACUGCUUCUUUCGAGCUUUUGCUUACUCAUAUAUGGAGUAUUUAAUUUCAAAUACCAGUGCAUAUAAAGAAUUCCAAAAGUUGGCAGAAGAUUCUAAAGACAAGCUUGUUGAGUUAGGCUUUCCUAGUUUUACAUUGGAAGACUUUCACGAAACGUUUAUGGAAGUUAUCAGACGCGUUAGUCCAGAUAACCCAGGGGGUCACAAUAAAGUUCAAAAUGAGCUGCACAAAAUAUUCAAUGAGCAGGGUUAUUCAGAUUACGUGGUUGUUUAUUUACGUUUAAUAACAUCUGGAAAACUACAAGAAGAGGCAGAGUUUUAUCAAAAUUUUAUUGAGGGCGAUUUCACUAUUGAAGAGUUUCGUCAUCAAGAAGUUGAACCUAUGUUCAAAGAAUCUGAUCAUAUCCAUAUAAUUGCACUAUGUGCAGCUCUUGGUGCUGGUGUACGGGUGGAAUACCUAGACAGAGGAGAAGGUUGUAUUGUUAAAGCCCAUGAUUUUCCUGAAGGAACAGAGCCGACGAUUUACCUAAUAUAUAGACCUGGUCACUAUGAUAUUCUGUAUCCAAAUUAAGUCGAGCCAUCUUUGUUUAAAUUAAGUCUGUAACAUAAUGUUAACUUUUUUUAUCGUAGGUUUCAAACAAAAUAAAAAAAAGACACUAACAUCUAAUAAAA